CGAGGAGUGGAAUUUUAGCAAUGAGGACCUGGAUCUUGGUAUAAGAACGCCUCACUGAUGCUCGCUAGUUGCCCCAGCCCUAACCUACUUUUAGACAACUUCGAAUCCCCAGCGCAGAAUAAGUCGGCAUUUCCAUCGGAACAAGUCGAAGCCGGGCAUCGCUCCAGCCCGACCAGUGUACUUGACCGCAGUAAAUCUCUGCCCCGCGAUAGCUCCACGUCUCUACCGGAGAACGACCUUGAAUUAGGACGUCGACCCAGCCGCAAGGCAAAAGAGGGGAAAACUUAUCACAACCUGUACCUGUCCCGGGAGUUCAACAAAUCUCUGAACGGGCGGAUCAUCAAGAACGGCGCGCGAAAGAGCGUCGGGUCAGCCAGGGUGAAAGACCCGAGCAGCUCGACGCAAAAGAAGGACGACGGAUCCACGAAACCCCUCAUGACGAGCCCGGAGAUCUUCGUGACGCCGAGGAAGUCCAGUCCCCAGCCUCAGCGAUUGAACUCGACCAAACGCACGCGCACGCGCACGCCCGACAGCAUGGCGUCGGAGGAUAUGAUCUCACCGGGCCCGAAGUUGAAGGAGAAGAAGCGGAGGCGAACGGACUCGGGUGAGAGGAAGGGGCUCCUGAGUGAAUUCCAGGGCGUGUCUAGUGGACUGUGAAUGAGAGACGUGUGUGCCCGGGACAUUACUCGGGAGUCCCCUUAUGAAGGGUCGAGGCAGGGGAAAUGGGACGGUCUGGGAUUGUGGUGUAGAGUAGUGUAUUGUUAUGGCCAUGAUAGGCAGCUUCGUGGAGGAGACCUGAGAUUCACGAAGGUCAUUCUGAACUUUGUAUCAUCGUCGUCUCAACUGGUCGAGCUGGCCAUGGGAUGGGAGA